AGUGCUGCGCCUGUAAUCGUCAGGAAAAAAGAAGCUUGAAAUAGUAAAUAAUGUAUGGACUGUUUCAAAAUUGUGUGUAGUUCAUUAUAUGUGAUCAUAAUAAUCCAUGAGAACAUUUCAAGUUUUGUUUAGAGACGUUUAAUCUUACAAAUAUGAGCCAGCCUCGGGCUGAAAACGUAUGCCCCCCGCAUACAUUUGAGGCACACGUGAGGGUGUUGUUGCCGACUUCGAUGGAGACAAAUAUGUCUCCGCAAUUUAUUGAGAUUAACACAAUGCAAGACAUUCCGCCGCCUCAAGCAGACUUCUCAGCGCCGCCGCCGUACGACGUGGCCACGAACUCCAAACUGCCCACCUAUGAGGAGGUCCAGCGGGAGAAGCAGAUGGAGGCAGAUGGCCCUCAGCAGCAAAAUACCACACCGCACCACCCCACGUUCACGGCGAUCGUGACGGUGGAGGCCGCGGACUCCGGCGCCGACCAGCUCGACCCAGAGAACAGCCUGCUCGGCACUGACUUCAUGUUCUUAACUUCUUUCUUCGUGGCAUUCCUGUUUAACUGGAUCGGCUUCCUGCUUCUGAUGUGCUUCUGCCACACGGUCGCCAGCCGCUACGGGGCGCUGGCGGGCUUUGGGCUGUCCCUGGCCAAGUGGACCCUCAUCGUGAAGCACUCCACCGAGCUGGCCUCCCACGAGAACUCCUGGCUGUGGUGGCUUAUCAUGGCGUUCGGCAUCCUAAUCUGCGUGCGCGCAGUGAUCCAGUACCGGAACAUCAAACGUGGCUGGCGGCUGCUGUCGGGCACAGCACAAGAGCGACUGCUGUUUUUCUACUAAACAUCUUACUGUCCCGCUGUCACGCUACUCGCGUGCGCCUGCGCGAGGGAGAUA